ACAGCAUCCAUCCUUGUCAAAUAUGAAGACGCAAAUUCUGAACACAAAAGUAAAGUAUUUCUGAAUAUUUUUUUGUAGUGAUUAGUAAUUAGUAUUUUGUCAAUAUAUAAUCAGUGUAUAAAAUACAGUAUAUACUUUUAAAACACAAAUUAUAUUCUUAAUAAUAAACUCACUUAAACUUAGGGGAUAUUUUAAGGGUUCACACUUUAUUGGUAUUUUUUUUAUGCAGAGAUCUACCCAGCAAAGAUCUUUGGACCGUCUAAUGUGGCUGAAGGGGUAAAAGUCCAUUUGAAAUGUAGCACUACUGGCAUCAGAGGACACCAGGACAAUGUAAAUGUUUACCUUUGCAAGAAUGGAGUUGGGAUAAGAAUUGCAGCGCUGGACAACAGUGAAGAUGAAACCAUUUUCACCAUGAAGGAUGUUACAAAAGAAGACUCAGGCAACUACAGCUGUGUCUACAUCAGAGAUAAACUUCUACCGGAUCAAGUGAACUCAACAGGAGAUUAUCUAGUCUUUCAGGUCUACGGAGAUGGAGAUUUGGAAGGUAAGAUUCUGACAAUGUUUGUGUAAAUUGUAUAAUGUAUGUUUUUAUUGAUUAGAUGCGAAGAUUGCUAUACUAUUAUAUUUGUCCAUUUGUUUCAAUGCAGUUAUUAGAGUAUUUGUCAAUUAAUAUUUUAUUUUGCCAAUAUAUUGCAUUGUAAAGAAGGGCUAUAUGUACUCUGAUACCAUUGUCUUACGUUAGAUAGUGUCGAUUCUGCCGGCACUGAUCUGUCUCGUAUCUCGCAAAGGGUAAUGGGAUAGAUCAAAAGUACUGUAGUUCAGCUACAAUGUGUUGUCUAACGUUCAGAAAUUUUAUCUAGGUGACAUCGUUUGCUGAACCCCAUUUCUGCCUCAUAACAGUCUGAAUUAAUCUAAGAUAAAACAAUAAAUCAGUCCAUCAUUUUGCUGUUUUUGUUGGUGAGGAAGACUUAGUCGCCCAAUUUUACAUCUAUCUAAGAAUUUCUGUGCUUCAAAAAGCAGUAUUUCUCAAGUUUGACAAUAAAGCUAGCAUAAAUGGGUCCAACAUUAGCAGCCUGCUAGUGCUAGCUGAGCCAGUCACUGAAAUGAUGCUGCAAACCAACCAGCUACCUGCUUAGUGCUGCACAAACAAUGUUGAAUGCUUUCAACAAAAGCUAGCUAGCAAGCUACUGUAGUAGUGCUAAUUCUAAAAUUAUUCUGAGUUUUCAUGAAGCAGCUGUUCUGCCGUGAGUCACUGAGUAGCCUCCCGUCCCGAGUCAGCCGCUGUGAUCAACAAAGCAAGGUAGAGCUAACUAGCUAUGUCAGUAAACUAGCAAGCUAACGUUUACAACAGUAAACUAAGCAGCUGAUCAAGUUGAAGUCAAUGCAGUGGAGACCAAUGUCCUUGCACAUAGUUUUUGCAGGAGAGAGUUUUUAUUUUGUCACGAUGACAAACUAUUAAAUCACUUUCACAACUUUUUUAAUAAUUUAGCUAGUUAUUCUGCCUAUUCAUGGAGAGUCAUACGAGAGCGCAGUGAUAUAAAAAUGUAGAACUAUGUUUUCAGUAUUUGAAUAGCGGAUGCUCAAUAUUCAAAUGUGAAUAUGAGUUCCACAUCCUACAAAACAGAUUAAUUGAGGGACGAGGAUCGCAUAGGAGUGACACAAUCUGACGUAAGACAAUGCUCUGAUACAGCAUCAAGUAAAACACCAGUCUAAUAUAUCAAUGGUCUUCACAGAGGGGCCAGAGAGUGGAGAAGAAGUUGGGGAAGCAUAUGGAGUUGAACAUGUGAGACUGGUCAAUGUAAUCCGAUUGAUAAGUUCAGCUGUUGUGGUCAUACUUCUUCUAACUCUAUUGACUGUUAGUUACUGCUGUCCAAAAAGGUAGGCUAAUCAUAAUGUGGCUUUCUGGAGGAGACAAACAUUAAUGAACUGACAGAUAAAUACUUUUUCUUGAGAAAUAUGUGGUUAUAUCAUAUAAAAUACAUGUUUUACUGUACUUACCACAUAUGGAACAAUUGUAAUUGAACCUACAAAGGGUUAUGCAUUUAAAACUGUUACUUCUACAGUGGGACACAUAAAGUACCAAAUGGUUGCACACACAGUCAGCUGAAUCUCUGACUGGUAGGAUGGGUGAUAGGUAAAGUGUUCAAUAAACUAUACAAACUGAGAAUUUUAUCAUAUCAACUGUAUUGAACUUGUAAUUUGCCAAAUUGGUUUACUGUUUGGAAUGUGGAAUAUGGCAUUUUCAUAAACCAACCUAUUAACAGUGAAGUUUAUCAACAUGUAAUUAUUGUUCUUUGGCGUAAAAUGAACAGUUUAGUAACAUAAGAUAUUUGUUUAUAUGCUGAAACUGUAGAUUAAUCAGUCCACUAGCAGUUCUGCAAGGAAAACCUGUUCAUAUUACUGUAAAUGUGAUAGUAAAUAAAUAAACAAAUUUGAUAUAAAAUUCUACAUGUUUAUGAUGAUUUCAUUUGACGUCUAUAUGGGCCUGUAUGUACCAGACUGUCUUCCUUAAUGGCACUCCUCUUGAACAUAAGGGUGUGACCACUGGCGUAGGGGAAACCUCCGCAGCCCCCAUAAGGCGGGCAGCCCACAAGCUUUGGGGGCCCAUGCGCCCGUCAUCUCACACCUAUGUCUAAAUUGUAUUACUUUUUAAAAUAAAUAAUUUUGACAGUAACCCUCCUUUUUAAUUUCCACAUGUAGCAAGUGAAGUAUUUGUGUUGUCCAGUCUACAUGGUAGUAGGUGAGUCAGACAGACAAUAUAGUUUUCAUGCAUCUAAUUAGCCUAUUUCUCAGGGGCAUCCCGCCUCGGCCUCCUCACCUACUGGGUAUCAAGUUUUAAAAAGUUACGUGAAUCAGGUUAUAUUCGGAUGGAGAGUGAUAAACAAAAUACCAAGUGGCAGUGGCGGUGCGUGGGUAAAAUCACCAGGGAAGGCAAGCCCCCCCCCAAAAAAAGAAAUAAGUCAUAUUACAACCUAUGUUGUGAUAAUUGCGUUGUUUGCUCUACAACCUGUUAGUUCAUAUGCCUUGACAACGUGAUAUAUAGGCCUAAGGCCGAGACAAUAAGAAGACACAGUGGCAGAAUAAAUUCAACCACACAUUUGUUUCGUUACAAAACCGGAGAGCAACAUCUGUCCGGUGAAGUCCACAAAGCAUAUUGCAUGUAACAAACAGUUACAUGACCUACAGCAUGGUCAAGCAAGGUAAUGUUUCAGACAUUUUCGUACUACUAAACAACUAUUGAUUUAGAACCACUGAAAGUUACCGUAAGUCGCAAGAAAACAAGAGCUGCCUCCACUAUUCCAGCACCAUUUCAACAUCAUCUAAUCACCUAUGCUUAGUCUAAUACAGUGACAACUAAAAGAUACCAAAAACUAUUUAGUCCAAUCAACGUAAGCUAAAUAUGAUGUGGCUGUCCAUGGUACUGAUUUCUGUGUGUGUGUGUAGGCAAGUAGAAAAAACAUGUUGACUCACCCUACUUGUAUAGAACGGCAAUGCCAUCUUCCUCUUUCAUGUUGCCUAAACGGUCCAUGACUCUGUCAUACAGUACACGCUUUUAGUGUUUGUUGUCCUAUGCUACCUGGCUAAAAUGAUUGCUUGCUAGCCUAACUUCCUUUCAUGGGCAAAGAUGCACCAGGCCAGCUAGUUAACAUUAGCUUACUACAUCUAGCUACAUGUUGAACUUACAUCCUCUCAGGCCAGGGGCACAAUGUAUGAAUACGCUGUUAUAAUCAUUGGCCAGCACGGAGAAUUAAGUAAAACCACAUGUCCAUAUCCCUAUCUCCAUCCAUGGCUAAUUUAGAAAAGGGAUGAUUUUAGCUAGCUAGCCACCAGAGGACAACGACACAACGAGAUGCAACAAUUCAAGUUUUUUUUUCUGUCAAUGACGUUUGGCUUCUGAUGUGAUGUGAUUGGUCUGAAGCCAAAUCCAAACUGGCUUCCCUUGACACUUUUUAUUUUGAUGCACCAGGACCAUUCACAGCUGAGCUCAUUCAGUUUAGCUCAAUGCUGAUUGGUUAUUAUUAUUAUUAAAACAUUUUAUCAAGGGAGGCCAAAUGCUCGCUGGCUUCCCUUGCAGUCAAUGCUACAGGCAAAAUCCUAUUUGAUCAAGCUCAUGCCAAAUUAACGAAGAUAACCACAUCAGCAAAGCUACCACCUCGUCCUCGACUGAUGAAACACCAUCACUGGUGGAAGCUAGUAGGCCUAUUUGUAUGCAGCAGUUAACACUAGCAGCCUCUCAGUCCUGACAGAGACAUCACUUCCCGGCCCAAGAAAUGACAGCGGCCUUGCUCCUCCUCUUUUUCCUCCCCUCGAAAAUAUUGACAGUUCUCCACAGAUAUUUAAAUGGAUGUAUAAGUGUGAAGCAUCCAGUUGGCAUUUUCACCCACGACAAAUAAAUUUAUUUGCAAAUUAUGGUGGAAAAUAAGUAUUUGGUCAAUAACAAAAGUUUCUCAAUACUUUUAUAUACCCUUUGUUGGCAAUGACACAGGUCAAAUGUAUUUUUUUUAUGCAGAGAUCUACCCAGCAAAGAUCUUUGGACCGUCUAAUGUGACUGAAGGGGUAAAAGUCCAUUUUAAAUGUAGCACUACUGGCAUCAGAGGACACCAGGACAAUGUAAAUGUUUACCUUUGCGAGAAUGGAGUUGGGAUAAGAAUUGCAGCGCUGGACAACAGUGAAGAUGAUACUAUUUUCAUCAUGAAGAAUGUUACAAAAGAAGACUCAGGCAACUACAGCUGUGUUUACAGCAGAGAUAAACUUCUACCCAGUCAAUUGAAGUCAACAGGGGAGAAUUUAGUAGUCUUUAAGGUCGAUGGAGAAUGGAAAGGUAAGAUUCUGUCAAUAUUUGUGUAUAAUGUAUGUUUGUAAUGAUAAGAUUGCUAUCCAUACUGUAUAUUUGUCCAUUUGUUGCAGUGCAGUUUGAAUAUUUGUCAUUCAGACACAUUUUCAGCCAAUAUAUUGCUUUGUAAAGAAAGGCUACGUACUCAAGACUCAGCAUCAAGUAAAACACCAGCUUCUACUUUACACCAGAGUCUAAUAUAUCAAUGGUCUUCACAGAGGGGCCAGAGAGUGGAGAAGAAGUUGGGGAAGCAUAUGGAGUUGAACAUGUGAGACUGGUCAAUGUAAUCCGAUUGAUAAGUUCAGCUGUUGUGGUCAUACUUCUUCUAACUCUAUUGACUGUUAGUUACUGCUGUCCAAAAAGGUAGGCUAAUCAUAAUGUGGCUUUCUGGAGGAGACAAACAUUAAUGAACUGACAGAUAAAUACUUUUUCUUGAGAAAUAUGUGGUUAUAUCAUAUAAAAUACAUGUUUUACUGUACUUACCACAUAUGGAACAAUUGUAAUUGAACCUACAAAGGGUUAUGCAUUUAAAACUGUUACUUCUACAGUGGGACACAUAAAGUACCAAAUGGUUGCACACACAGUCAGCUGAAUCUCUGACUGGUAGGAUGGGUGAUAGGUAAAGUGUUCAAUAAACUAUACAAACUGAGCAUUUUAUCAUAUCAACUGUAUUGAACUUGUAAUUUGCUAAAUUGGUUUACUGUUUGGAAUGUGGAAUAUGGCAUUUUCAUAAAUCAACCUAUUAACAGUGAAGUUUAUCAACAUGUAAUUAUUGUUCUUUGGCGUAAAAUGAACAGUUAGUAACAUAAGAUAUUUGUUUAUAUGUUGAAACUGUAGAUUAGACCACUAGCAGUUCUGCAAGGAAAACCUGUUCAUAUUACUGUAAAAGUGAUAGUAAAUAAAUAAACAAAUUUGAUAUAAAAUUCUACAUGUUUAUGAUGAUUUCAUUUGACGUCUAUAUGGGCCUGUAUGUACCAGACUGUCUUCCUUAAUGGCACUCCUCUUGAACAUAAGGGUGUGACCACUGGCGUAGGGGAAACCUCCGCAGCCCCCAUAAGGCGGGCGGCCCACAAGCUUUGGGGGCCCAUGCGCCCGUCAUCUCACACCUAUGUCUAAAUUGUAUUACUUUUUAAAAUAAAUAAUUUUGACAGUAACCCUCCUUUUUAAUUUCCACAUGUAGCAAGUGAAGUAUUUGUGUUGUCCAGUCUACAUGGUAGUAGGUGAGUCAGACAGACAAUAUAGUUUUCAUGCAUCUAAUUAGCCUAUUUCUCAGGGGCAUCCCGCCUCGGCCUCCUCACCUACUGGGUAUCAAGUUUUAAAAAGUUACGUGAAUCAGGUUAUAUUCGGAUGGAGAGUGAUAAACAAAAUACCAAGUGGCAGUGGCGGUGCGUGGGUAAAAUCAACAGGGAAGGCAAGCCCCCACAAAAAGUAAUGUUACAACCUAUGUUGUGAUAAUUGCGUUGUUUGCUCUACAACCUGUUAGUUCAUAUGCCUUGACAACGUGAUAUAUAGGCCUAAGGCCGAGACAAUAAGAAGACACAGUGGCAGAAUAAAUUCAACCACACAUUUGUUUCGUUACAAAACCGGAGAGCAACAUCUGUCCGGUGAAGUCCACAAAGCAUAUUGCAUGUAACAAACAGUUACAUGACCUACAGCAUGGUCAAGCAAGGUAAUGUUUCAGACAUUUUCGUACUACUAAACAACUAUUGAUUUAGAACCACUGAAAGUUACCAUAAGUCGCAAGGAAACAAGAGCUGCCUCCACUAUUCCAGCACCAUUUCAACAUCAUCUAAUCACCUAUGCUUAGUCUAAUACAGUGACAACUAAAAGAUACCAAAAACUAUUUAGUCCAAUCAACGUAAGCUAAAUAUGAUGUGGCUGUCCAUGGUACUGAUUUCUGUGUGUGUGUGUAGGCAAGUAGAAAAAACAUGUUGACUCACCCUACUUGUAUAGAACGGCAAUGCCAUCCUCCUCUUUCAUGUUGCCUAAACGGUCCAUGACUCUGUCAUACAGUACACGCUUUUAGUGUUUGUUGUCCUAUGCUACCUGGCUAAAAUGAUUGCUCGCUAGCCUAACUUCCUUUCAUGGGCAAAGAUGCACCAGGCCAGCUAGUUAACAUUAGCAUACUACAUCUAGCUACAUGUUGAACUUCCAUCCUCUCAGGCCAGGGGCACAAUGUAUGAAUACGCUGUUAUAAUCAUUGGCCAGCACGGAGAAUUAAGUAAAACCACAUGUCCAAAUCCCUAUCUCCAUCCAUGGUUAAUUUAGAAAAGGGAUGAUUUUAGCUAGCUAGCCACCAGAGGACAACGACACAACGAGAUGCAACAAUUCAAGUUUUUUUCUGUCAAUGACGUUUGGCUUCUGAUGUGAUGUGAUUGGUCUGAAGCCAAAUCCAAACUGGCUUCCCUUGACACUUUUUAUUUUGAUGCACCAGGACCAUUCACAGCUGAGCUCAUUCAGUUUAGCUCAAUGCUGAUUGGUUAUUAUUAUUAUUAAAACAUUUUAUCAAGGGAGGCCAAAUGCUCGCUGGCUUCCCUUGCAGUCAAUGCUACAGGCAAAAUCCUAUUUGAUCAAGCUCAUGCCAAAUUAACGAAGAUAACCACAUCAGCAAAGCUACCACCUCGUCCUCGACUGAUGAAACACCAUCACUGGUGGAAGCUAGUAGGCCUAUUUGUAUGCAGCAGUUAACACUAGCAGCCUCUCAGUCCUGACAGAGACAUCACUUCCCGGCCCAAGAAAUGACAGCGGCCUUGCUCCUCCUCUUUUUCCUCCCCUCGAAAAUAUUGACAGUUCUCCACAGAUAUUUAAAUGGAUGUAUAAGUGUGAAGCAUCCAGUUGGCAUUUUCACCCACGACAAAAUAUGGUGAUGAGAGGAAGCCCUGUGGCCGACAAUAGGAGAAGAUGGAGCCAGAUGGAUUUUGGCGGAUAUUAUGCAAAUGUAAUAAUCGAUUAAACAUUUGAUCUCAAUACAGUUAUCUGUUCCCAAAGCUAAUAAUAAAAAGCCAUUUAGCAGACGCUUUUAUCCAAAGCGACUUACAGUCAUGCGUGCAUACAUUUUUUUUGUGUAUGGGUGGUCCCGGGGAUCGAACCCACUACCUUGGCGUUCCAAGCGCCGUGCUCUACCAGCUGAGCUACAGAGGACCACAGCUAGAAUAUGUUACGAACAGAUUGGACUAAAUUUAGUAGAUUUAACCCUUUGCCAAAGUAAAAAACGCACACUUCACAGACUAGGCGUUCCCUAACGGAAAUAUGCAAAUACAUGCUAGAACUGCCCAAUAGGAUCUCGCUAGCUCCUGCUUGGCUCUUCCCCCCUCCUUGCUUGUUCUGCUCACUAUGACUCAUUUGUUCCCAUUGGAAACGACAGGCUGUGGUCGACCUUGGGAUAGUUAUAAAAAUCUUUGGUUCAUCUAGCGAGAGUGCCAGUCCUCCUUCUACGCCUUCUCCUGACGACUGCCAGAAACCCAGGGUCGCUCAUGAAAGCAACCCCCCUUCUGAGAACACUGAUAAGCCUACGAGUGAUGAGACAGGAAGUCCUGACAGCGUGACUGCAUAAUUAAACAAUCCCUAGUAAACUAUUGUUUUGACAGCGGAAUGAUUGUAUUAUUUGGCAUUAAUAGACUGGUUUUAUACAGCAGAAACUUUCAAUCCAAGCUGCGAGAGAGCACGAGGCCGGUAACGCCUUGAUCACACCGACAGCAUCAAUGCACAAAAUAGUAAGCAGCAUCAUCUGGAUAUGUGUGCAACAAAAGUUCAACAUUCACCUUCUGCUACCAUUUCUGUCAAGCCGUCUACGCAUACAGUUUGACGCAUACGUUCGAUAAAUCCAACUUAUGCGCCACACAGAACACACUGCAACUGCCUCUGCAACGCAAUGCUGCAAGGCAAACAAAUGUACAUCUGGUGUAACCAAAAUGCAAUGACGUUGUCGGUGUGAUCGAGAAGAAAGAGACAAUUUAUGCUUGAUCCGAAAAUGUGGUCGGAGGUGCCAUAUGGAGGGUGUGAAGCAGUUGGCAUGCAGAGGCUAAAUCUAGCUCCGUACAACAUUGCCGUGCACCUCUCAAAUGUUGUAACAAUGCGGAGGGCUCCAUAUAGCUCCGCAUUGACAACAUUUGUUGAUGGUAGGUGGGGGCGGGAGGUCCUGUAUAAACACAGACUCACUUCCUUGACAACUUCCCUCUCAACAGCUCUGCUCCACAAAGAGCAAGAAGUAUGAAUGCCCUCACUUCUGCAGAGGCCGUAUCACAGUAAAUGCUGUAGGGCCACUGCAGAUGAGGGAUUGACCAUGCAUAGCCUUUGAGGUAGGCUAUCAGCCUACAGGACAGUUGUAUAUUUACAGUUGUACAUUUGAAAGCUAAUAGGAAGACUGUGUUACACAUUGCAAAAAGAUCUAACACUGUCACUCCCCAUAGCUUACAAAGCUUAAAACAGACUCAAAUAUCAAAUGUUGUUUAAAACAAAUGUCCACUUGAGAUACCCAACCUACACUAUUAAUCACUACAUAUGAAUCCCACAGCCUCUACUCUCUAACUUUACUGACACAGUUAUCAAGGUGGCAGUGUACUAGAAAGUCAAAGAAGAUGAUAAAGUAGUAACCCUCUAUUAGGAUUAGACCCAUCCGUUUUAUACAUUUUGGAUAAUGUUUUACAGCUUUGUCAUUCUUUUAUUUUUAUUUUUUUAUCAGCUUAUUUAAUUAUUUCAUAUAUUUUACAUGUGAUAAAGCCACACAGAGGUCCAGAGAUUAUUACAGACACCUGUGAUAAUCUGAAGUAGAUUACAUAAAAUCUUUGAAAGAUACCAAUAUGCUGGUAGUUUACUGGUAAACUUUGAAAGUUUCCAGUAAUAUACCCUACCUUUGCAACCCUAAAUCUGAUUGAUAUGUUCAGAUAUGGUCAUACUUCUACUGACUGUAGUGACUGUUAGUUACUGAUGUCCGUAAGAAGUAGGCUAAUCAUGCUGUCUCUUUCUGGAAGACAAACAAUAGUAAUACACUGACAGAUAAAUACUAUUUCUUGAGAAAUAUGUGGUUAUACCAUAUACAAUGCACAUGUUUUACAGUACUUACCACAUAUGGAACAAUUGCAAUUGAACCUACAAAGGGUUAUGUAUUUCAAACUGUUACUUCUACAGUGGGAUACAUAAAGUACCAAAUGGUUGCAGUCACAGUCAAUAAAACCCCUGGUAGGAUGGGUGAUAGAUAGAAUGUUCAAUAAAAUAUACAAACUGAGUAUUUUGUCAUAUAAACUAUAUUGAACAUAUAAUUUGCCAAAUUGGUAUACUAUUUGGAAUGUGGAAUUUUCAUAAACCAAUCUGUAAACAGUCAAGUUUAGCUAGAUAUUUGUUUAUACAUGUUGCUGAUGAUUUCAAUUGAUAGUGUAUGUACCAGGUCACUUCUCCUCUGCAACGUAAGGGUGUGACUCUGUAAUGACAAAAUGGCUUUGUUACGAAAGUAUGCUUAAAUAUGUCAAAAGUAUUUGAGAAAGCGCACCAAACAGACCUAUUGGCCGGAUUUUGAGUGGUACAAUGUGUGGUUACCAUCGUUAGACUAAAUAGGUAAGGUACUGUACGUCAUCAUUGCAUUUCUCUGAAACCAUCUCUCCACACCAGCCAACAUCAUGGCAGCAUUAGGACUCCUAUGGCUUGUGGCCUGUGAGUAUUUUCUACUUUUCAAGUAAUCUUUUUAAUUAUUUUCAUAUUUAGGUUAAUUUCCUGAACAAAAUACAUUCCCUAAGUGUGUUAAUUUUUCCAUGAAGCCACAGCAUCCAUCCUUGUCAAAUGUGAAGACGCAAAUUCUGAACACAAAAGUAAAGUAUUUCUGUAUAUAUUAUUUGGUAAUUAGUGAUUCGUGUUUCGUCAAUCAGUGUAUAAAAUACAGUAUAUACUUUUAAAACGCAAAUUAUCUUCUUAAUAAUAAACUCACUUACACUUACGGGAAAUUCUAACUUUCAAAAAAUGUUUUAAGGGUUCACACCUUAUUGGUAUUUUUUUUAUGCAGAGAUCUACCCAGCAAAGAUCUUUGGACCGUCUAAUGUGGCUGAAGGGGUAAAAGUCUAUUUUAAAUGUAGCACUACUGGCAUCAGAGGACACCAGGACAAUGUAAAUGUUUACCUUUGCAAGAAUGGAGUUGGGAUAAGAAUUGCAGCGCUGGACAACAGUGAAGAUGUAACCAUUUUCACCAUGAAGGAUGUUACAAAAGAAGACUCAGGCAACUACAGCUGUGUUUACAGCAGAGAUAAACUUCUACCCAGGCAAUUGACGUCAACAGGGGAGAAUUUAGUAGUCUUUAAGGUCGAUGGAGAAUGGAAAGGUAAGAUUCUGUCAAUAUUUGUGUAUAAUGUAUGUUUGUAAUGAUAAGAUUGCUAUCCAUACUGUAUAUUUGUCCAUUUGUUGCAGUGCAGUUUGAAUAUUUGUCAUUCAGACACAUUUUCAGCCAAUAUAUUGCUUUGUAAAGAAAGGCUACGUACUCAAGACUCAGCAUCAAGUAAAACACCAGCUUCUACUUUACACCAGAGUCUAAUAUAUCAAUGGUCUUCACAGAGGGGCCAGAGAGUGGAGAAGAAGUUGGGGAAGCAUAUGGAGUUGAACAUGUGAGACUGGUCAAUGUAAUCCGAUUGAUAAGUUCAGCUGUUGUGGUCAUACUUCUUCUAACUCUAUUGACUGUUAGUUACUGCUGUCCAAAAAGGUAGGCUAAUCAUAAUGUCGCUUUCUGGAGGAGACAAACAUUAAUGAACUGACAGAUAAAUACUUUUUCUUGAGAAAUAUGUGGUUAUAACCAUAUAAAAUACAUGUUUUACUGUACUUACCACAUAUGGAACAAUUGUAAUUGAACCUACAAAGGGUUAUGCAUUUAAAACUGUUACUUCUACAGUGGGACACAUAAAGUACCAAAUGGUUGCACACACAGUCAGCUGAAUCUCUGACUGGUAGGAUGGGUGAUAGGUAAAGUGUUCAAUAAACUAUACAAACUGAGAAUUUUAUCAUAUCAACUGUAUUGAACUUGUAAUUUGCUAAAUUGGUUUACUGUUUGGAAUGUGGAAUAUGGCAUUUUCAUAAAUCAACCUAUUAACAGUGAAGUUUAUCAACAUGUUAUUAUUGUUCUUUGGCGUGAAAUGAACAGUUUAGUAACAUAAGAUAUUUGUUUAUAUGUUGAAACUGUAGAUUAGACCACUAGCAGUUCUGCAAGGAAAACCUGUUCAUAUUACUGUAAAAGUGAUAGUAAAUAAAUAAACAAAUUUGAUAUAAAAUUCUACAUGUUUAUGAUGAUUUCAUUUGACGUCUAUAUGGGCCUGUAUGUACCAGACUGUCUUCCUUAAUGGCACUCCUCUUGAACAUAAGGGUGUGACCACUGGCGUAGGGGAAACCUCCGCAGCCCCCAUAAGGCGGGCGGCCCACAAGCUUUGGGGGCCCAUGCGCCCGUCAUCUCACACCUAUGUCUAAAUUGUAUUACUUUUUAAAAUAAAUAAUUUUGACAGUAACCCUCCUUUUUAAUUUCCACAUGUAGCAAGUGAAGUAUUUGUGUUGUCCAGUCUACAUGGUAGUAGGUGAGUCAGACAGACAAUAUAGUUUUCAUGCAUCUAAUUAGCCUAUUUCUCAGGGGCAUCCCGCCUCGGCCUCCUCACCUACUGGGUAUCAAGUUUUAAAAAGUUACGUGAAUCAGGUCAUAUUCGGAUGGAGAGUGAUAAACAAAAUACCAAGUGGCAGUGGCGGUGCGUGGGUAAAAUCACCAGGGAAGGCAAGCCCCCCACCCCCCCAAAAAAAAUAAGUCAUAUUACAACCUAUGUUGUGAUAAUUGCGUUGUUUGCUCUACAACCUGUUAGUUCAUAUGCCUUGACAACGUGAUAUAUAGGCCUAAGGCCGAGACAAUAAGAAGACACAGUGGCAGAAUAAAUUCAACCACACAUUUGUUUCGUUACAAAACCGGAGAGCAACAUCUGUCCGGUGAAGUCCACAAAGCAUAUUGCAUGUAACAAACAGUUACAUUACCUACAGCAUGGUCAAGCAAGGUAAUGUUUCCGACAUUUUCGUACUACUAAACAACUAUUGAUUUAGAACCACUGAAAGUUACCUUAAGUCGCAAGAAAACAAGAGCUGCCUCCACUAUUCCAGCACCAUUUCAACAUCAUCUAAUCACCUAUGCUUAGUCUAAUACAGUGACAACUAAAAGAUACCAAAAACUAUUUAGUCCAAUCAACGUAAGCUAAAUAUGAUGUGGCUGUCCAUGGUACUGAUUUCUGUGUGUGUGUGUAGGCAAGUAGAAAAAACAUGUUGACUCACCCUACUUGUAUAGAAACGGCAAUGCCAUCCUCCUCUUUCAUGUUGCCUAAACGGUCCAUGACUCUGUCAUACUGUACACGCUUUUAGUGUUUGUUGUCCUAUGCUACCUGGCUAAAAUGCUUGCUCGCUAGCCUAACUUCCUUUCAUGGGCAACGAUGCACCAGGCCAGCUAGUUAACAGUAUCAUACUACAUCUAGCUACAUGUUGAACUUCCAUCCUCUCAGGCCAGGGGCACAAUGUAUGAAUACGCUGUUAUAAUCAUUGGCCAGCACGGAGAAUGAAGUAAAACCACAUGUCCAAAUCCCUAUCUCCAUCCAUGGUUAAUUUAGAAAAGGGAUGAUUUUAGCUAGCUAGCCACCAGAGGACAACGACACAACGAAAUGCAACAAUUCAAGUUUUUUUCUGUCAAUGACGUUUGGCUUCUGAUGUGAUGUGAUUGAUCUGAAGCCAAAUCCAAACUGGCUUCCCUUGACACUUUUUAUUUUGAUGCACCAGGACCAUUCACAGCUGAGCUCAUUCAGUUUAGCUCAAUGCUGAUUGGUUAUUAUUAUUAUUAAAACAUAUUAUCAAGGGAGGCCAAAUGCUCGCUGGCUUCCCUUGCAGUCAAUGCUACAGGCAAAAUCCUAUUUGAUCAAGCUCAUGCCAAAUUAACGAAGAUAACCACAUCAGCAAAGCUACCACCUCGUCCUCGACUGAUGAAACACCAUCACUGGUGGAAGCUAGUAGGCCUAUUUGUAUGCAGCAGUUAACACUAGCAGCCUCUCAGUCCUGACAGAGACAUCACUUCCCGGCCCAGGAAAUGACAGCGGCCUUGCUCCUCCUCUUUUUCCUCCCCUCGAAAAUAUUGACAGUUCUCCACAGAUAUUUAAAUGGAUGUAUAAGUGUGAAGCAUCCAGUUGGCAUUUUCACCCACGACAAAAUAUGGUGAUGAGAGGAAGCCCUGUGGCCGACAAUAGGAGAAGAUGGAGCCAGAUGGAUUUUGGCUGAUAUUAUGCAAAUGUAAUAAUCUAUGAAACAUUUGAUCUCAAUACAGUUAUCUGUUCCCAAAGCUAAUAAUAAUAUGCCAUUUAGCAGACGCUUUUAUCCAAAGCGACUUACAGUCAUGCGUGCAUACAUUUUUUUUGUGUAUGGGUGGUCCCGGGGAUCGAACCCACUACCUUGGCGUUCAACGCGCCGUGCUCUACCAGCUGAGCUACAGAGGACCACAGCUAGAAUAUGUUACGAACAGAUUGGACUAAAUUUAGUAGAUUUAACCCUUUGCCAAAGUAAAAAACGCACACUUCACAGACUAGGCGUUCCCUAACGGAAAUAUGCAAAUACAUGCUAGAACGCGCCAAUAGGAUCUCGCUAGCUCCUGCUUGGCUCUUCCCCCCUCCUUGCUUGUUCUGCUCACUAUGACUCAUUUGUUCCCAUUGGAAACGACAGGCUGUGGUCGACCUUGGGAUAGUUAUAAAAAUCUUUGGUUCAUCUAGCGAGAGUGCCAGUCCUCCUUCUACGCCUUCUCCUGACGACUGCCAGAAACCCAGGGUCGCUCAUGAAAGCAACCCCCCUUCUGAGAACACUGAUAAGCCUACGAGUGAUGAGACAGGAAGCCCUGACAGCGUGGAGUCCGAGUUUCAAUGUGUAAUAUAAAUAGGCUACCAGCUAAUACUGUAUACAGCUAUAGAUAGACUAGUAGGCUAGACUGCGUUGUCUGCAUAAUUAAACAAUCCCUAGUAAGCUAUUGUUUUGACAGCGGAAUGAUUGUAUUAUUUGGCAUUAAUAGACUGGUUUUAUACAGCAGAAACUUUCAAUCCAAGCUGCGAGAGAGCGCGAGGCCGGUAACGCCUUGAUCACACCGACAGCAUCAAUGCACAAAAUAGUAAGCAGCAUCAUCUGGAUAUGUGUGCAACAAAAGUUCAACAUUCACCUUCUGCUACCAUUUCUGUCAAGCCGUCUACGCAUACAGUUUGACGCAUACGUUCGAUAAAUCCAACUUAUGCGCCACACAGAACGCACUGCAACUGCCUCUGCAACGCAAUGCUGCAAGGCAAACAAAUGUACAUCUGGUGUAACCAAAAUGCAAUGACGUUGUCGGUGUGAUCGAGAAGAAAGAGACAAUUUAUGCUUGAUCCGAAAAUGUGGUCGGAGGUGCCAUAUGGAGGGUGUGAAGCAGUUGGCAUGCAGAGGCUAAAUCUAGCUCCGUACAACAUUGCCGUGCACCUCUCAAAUGUUGUAACAAUGCGGAGGGCUCCAUAUAGCUCCGCAUUGACAACAUUUGUUGACGGUAGGUGGGGGCGGGAGGUCCUGUAUAAACACAGACUCACUUCCUUGACAACUUCCCUCUCAACAGCUCUGCUCCACAAAGAGCAAGAAGUAUGAAUGCCCUCACUUCUGCAGAGGCCGUAUCACAGUAAAUGCUGUAGGGCCACUGCAGACGAGGGAUUGACCAUGCAUAGCCUUUGAGGUAGGCUAUCAGCCUACAGGACAGUUGUAUAUUUACAGUUGUACAUUUGAAAGCUAAUAGGAAGACUGUGUUACACAUUGCAAAAAGAUCUAACACUGUCACUCCCCAUAGUUUACAAAGCUUAAAACAGACUCAAAUAUCAAAUGUUGUUUAAAACAAAUGUCCACUUGAGAAACCCAACCUACACCAUUAGUCGCUAAAUAUGAAUCCCACAGCCUCUACUCUCUAACUUUACUGAUACAGUUAUCAAGGUGGCAGUGUACUAGAAAGUCAAAGAAGAUGAUAAAGUAGUAACCCUCUAUCAGGAUUAGACCCAUCCGUUUUAUACAUUUUGGAUAAUGUUUUACAGCUUUGUCAUUCUUUUAUUUUUAUUUUUUUAUCAGCUUAUUUAAUUAUUUCAUAUAUUUUACAUGUGAUAAAGCCACACAGAGGUCCAGAGAUUAUUACAGACACCUGUGAUAAUCUGAAGUAGAUUACAUAAAAUCCUUGAAAGAUACCAAUAUGCUGGUAGUUAACUGGUAAACUUUGAAAGUUUCCAAUAAUAUACCCUACCUUUGCAACCCUAAAUCUGAUUGAUAUGUUCAGAUAUGGUCAUACUUCUACUGACUGUAGUGACUGUUAGUUACUGAUGUCCGUAAGAAGUAGGCUAAUCAUGCUGUCUCUUUCUGGAAGACAAACAAUAGUAAUACACUGACAGAUAAAUACUAUUUCUUGAGAAAUAUGUGGUUAUACCAUAUACAAUGCACAUGUUUUACAGUACUUACCACAUAUGGAACAAUUGUAAUUGAACCUACAAAGGGUUAUGUAUUUCAAACUGUUACUUCUACAGUGGGAUACAUAAAGUACCAAAUGGUUGCAGUCACAGUCAAUAAAACCCCUGGUAGGAUGGGUGAUAUAUAGAAUGUUCAAUAAAAUAUACAAACUGAGUAUUUUGUCAUAUAAACUAUAUUGAACAUAUAAUUUGCCAAAUUGGUAUACUAUUUGGAAUGUGGAAUUUUCAUAAACCAAUCUGUAAACAGUCAAGUUUAGCUAGAUAUUUCUUCAUACAUGUUGCUGAUGAUUUCAAUUGAUAGUGUAUGUACCAGGUCACUUCUCAUCUGCAACGUAAGGGUGUGACUCUGUAAUGACAAAAUGGCUUUGUUACGAAAGUAUGCUUAAAUAUGUCAAAAGUAUUUGAGAAAGCGCACCAAACAGACCUAUUGGCCGGAUUUUGAGUGGUACAAUGUGUGGUUACCAUCGUUAGACUAAAUAGGUAAGGUACUGUACGUCAUCAUUGCAUUUCUCUGAAACCAUCUCUCCACACCAGCCAACAUCAUGGCAGCAUUAGGACUCCUAUGGCUUGUGGCCUGUGAGUAUUUUCUACUUUUCAAGUAAUCUUUUUAAUUAUUUUCACAUUUAGGUUAAUUUCCUGAACAAAAUACUUUCCCUAAGUGUGUUAAUUUUUUCCAUGAAGCCACAGCAUCCAUCCUUGUCAAAUGUGAAGACGCAAAUUCUGAACACAAAAGUAAAGUAUUUCUGUAUAUAUUAUUUGGUGAUUAGUGAUUCGUGUUUCGUCAAUCAGUGUAUAAAAUACAGUAUAUACUUUUAAAAUGCAAAUUAUAUUCUUAAUAAUAAACUCACUUACACUUACGGGAAAUUCUAUCUUUCAAAAAAUGUUUUAAGGGUUCACACCUUAUUGGUAUUGUUUUUAUGCAGAGAUCUACCCAGCAAAGAUCUUUGGACCGUCUAAUGUGACUGAAGGGGUAAAAGUCCAUUUUAAAUGUAGCACUACUGGCAUCAGAAGACACCAGGACAAUGUAAAUGUUUACCUUUGCAAGAAUGGAGUUGGGAUAAGAAUUGCAGCGCUGGACAACAGUGAAGAUGAUACUAUUUUCAUCAUGAAGGAUGUUACAAAAGAAGACUCAGGCAACUACAGCUGUGUUUACAGCAGAGAUAAACUUCUACCCAGUGAAUUGAAGUCAACAGGGGAGAAUUUAGUAGUCUUUAAGGUCGAUGUAGAAUGGAAAGGUAAGAUUCUGUCAAUAUUUGUGUAUAAUGUAUGUUUGUAAUGAUAAGAUUGUUAUCCCAUACUGUAUAUUUGUCCAUUUGUUGCAGUUGCAGUUUGAAUAUUUGUCAUUUCAGACACAUUUUCAGCCAAUAUAUUGCUUUGUAAAGAAAGGCUACGUACUCAAGACUCAGCAUCAAGUAAAACACCAGCUUCUACUUUACACCAGAGUCUAAUACAUCAAUGGUCUUCAAAGAGGGACUAAAGAAUGUGGGAGCAAGAGUGGCAGCAGCCUUGGUCCUCCUGUUUCUGAUGCUGUCUGUACUGCUGUUACUGUGGAGGUACUGGGGGAUCCUGAAACAA